ACAACAAGCUAGGCAUCAUGAGGGUCCCAGAAAUACUGAUUUGGGCCGCUGUUCUCAUCCAGAAGGUCGUGGGAGAAUACGGCAUGGCCCAUUUCAGUGACACAGGCAAGAGCAAAGGAAAGGAUUACUGCAUAUUCUUCAACUCACAGUGGGCACGUCUACCUCAGGACCUCAAUAAGGCAUCACGUCUUCCGAUCUAUGACCUGACGACGUCGGUCCUGUGCUCCCCCUCUGACGUCCCGGACGGAGGCUUCCCAAAUCGCAUCGCCAUGGUGAUGAGAGGCAACUGCACUUUCUAUGAAAAGGUCCGACUUGCCCAGAUCAACGGCGCGAAGGGCCUGCUCAUCGUCAGCAAGGACAGACUGACACCACCAGCAGGAAACAAGACCCAGUAUGAGGAGAUUGAUAUUCCUGUCGCACUGCUCAGCUACUCUGAUAUGCUGGACAUAAGCAAGACCUUUGGCAAAGGAAGAAUGGUCGCCAUGUACGCACCCAGUGAACCGGUGUUGGAUUACAACAUGGUGAUCAUCUUUUUGAUGGCAGUAGGAACAGUUGCUAUUGGAGGUUACUGGGCCGGCAGCAGAGACACCAAGAAACGCUACAUGAAGCACAAGCGGGACGACGGGGGGGAGAAGCAGGACGAGGAGAUCGUGGACGUCACCCCCAUCAUGAUCUGCGUGUUUGUGGUCAUGUGCUGCAGCAUGCUGGUGCUACUCUACUUUUUCUAUGACAGUCUGGCUAUUUGGGUCAUAGCCAUCUUCUGUGUGGCCUCCUCUGUCGGCCUCCACAGCUGUCUGUGGCCUUUUGUCAGGAGACUCCCUUUCUGCAAGUGCAGGGUCCCAGAGAACAACUUGCCAUACUUGCACAAACGGCCACAGAUCCGCAUGCUGCUGCUGUCGGCCUUCUGCAUCGCUGUCAGCAUCACCUGGAUGGUGUUUCGCAAUGAAGACCAGUGGGCGUGGGUGUUACAGGACGCCCUGGGGAUCGCCUUCUGUCUCUACAUGCUUAAAACAGUCAGACUCCCCACAUUUAAGGCUUGCACCUUGUUACUGUCUGUCCUGUUCAUCUAUGAUGUUUUCUUCGUAUUUAUUACACCCUUCUUGACCAAGAGCGGUGAAAGUAUAAUGGUGGAGGUAGCGGCUGGUCCCUCCGACUCCUCCGUGCAUGAAAAGCUUCCCAUGGUGCUCAAAGUGCCACGGUUAAACUUCUCUCCCCUGGCUCUUUGUGACCGGCCCUUCUCCCUCCUGGGCUUUGGCGAUAUCUUAGUACCAGGUCUGCUGGUGGUGUACUGUCACAGGUUUGACAUUUUAACACAAUCCUCCAGGAUCUACUUUGUGGCCUGUACGAUUGCUUAUGGCAUCGGCCUGCUGAUCACCUUCGUGGCUCUGGCCGUGAUGCAGAUGGGUCAGCCGGCCUUGCUCUACCUGGUGCCUUGCACUCUGCUCACCAGCCUCACUGUAGCACUGUGGCGCAGGGAAUUGCCCCAGUUCUGGACUGGAAGUGGAUUUGUGCCUCCCCUAGUGCUCGCACCGAUCAACUGUACACAAACUGCAGCGCCGCAGACAGAGGAUCACUUGACUAAACCGGAGACACAAAGCACAGAAGAAGACUCGCCCCAUUACCCGCCUCAGGAAACGCCCCCAGCCAGGAAAGAUGAAGUGGAAAACAAAUCUAACUGAAAGGACGUCUAGUAGAGCAUUUUACAUUUCACUUCAUGUAUUAUUUGUCAUUGAGUUUUUUUUAUUUCCUGCAUUGUGUCUGUCAAUGGGCAUUUUCAGUACAGAUGUUUAUUUGCACUUGGCGUGAAGGGAAGAGGUGAGAUCUGUGCUUUCAGAAGGGCGCCAGGAUUGGACACACAAGGUUCGAGGCAUUGAAACUGACAAACACACCAGGUAUCAAACCUGCACCACAAUCUGUACCACCUCUUAAGGGAAUGGAAAGCCAAAUCUAGAAGCUACACAAACUUUUAAACACUAAAUACUCCCAUGACACUGACCUGAGGCUCUUGGAAGCCUUAAAGGCCCAGUCAGUGUUUAAGAACAGCUACAUUUUCCAGCAAAACCAAUUCAUCAAUACAAUAAGUGGAUUUGAAAACAGGAGCAAAGUAAAGCCACACUACCUUUUCAACUUUGAGUCAUAAUAAUAAGCAACAACUUACUGAACCUCCUGAGAAAUGAAGUGCUCCACAAAAGAGGAGCUGCAGCUAUUAGUUGAUCAACAGAAAAUUAACCAGUAUCUAUUUUAAUAAUCAAAUAAUUGUAUCGGAAUUUUCUUUAAAACCAAAUAUUUGCAGGUUUCAGCUUCUCAAUUAGGAGGAUUUUUAGCUUUUCUGUCUCAUACAUAACUUAAUAUCUUUGAUUUUUGAACUGUUGAUCAGACAAAGCACUCAAAUGAAAAAAGAAAGAAAUUAAAGCAGGCAUUUUAUAUUUUCUGACAUUUUACGGACAAACGAUUAAUCCAGAUUUGGAUAAUUGCCGUAUUAAAUCGAUAAUGGAAAUAAUAUUUAGAUGCAAUCCCACAGUUAUUUCCCUCUUCAAUAACUAUAAAAUUAAAUGGUGUACUAUUUAAAAAAAGAAACAAGCUCGAGAUCAUUAGUGACAGAGUAGCACUAGCGUGUUCUUGGCGUUUAGCUCACCAGGCACAGAAGUCCACCUGACAGUCGUCCUCCUGGACCACGUAUAAUGUGCCAUUUUCUGGUGCGACAGAGCCUUAACGGUCUCAGUAUGCUUGAAAAUACACACUACUCAACAAGCCAUUAUACUUGUUUCCUCUCCAUUACUCUAAACUACAGUGUCACAAUAUAAAUUACGGCGGGGGGAGUUUCUUUAAAAUGACUGAGCCAAAGCUAUUCAAUUUCUUCUUUUUUUUUUACUGAAGCAUUUGUUGAAGUGGUUUCAUCUUACUUUUGAUAUAUUUUCUUUUGCAUGCUAUCAUUUUGAUUUGUAUCCUUUAUAUUGAACCAGUGUAUAACCUGGUGCGACAGUUAAAAUGUUGGGAUUGCCGUUUUGUUCUCCCCAGUUAUUCAUGUUGUCUUAAUAGUUGGUUUCAGCCUUACUGUGUCCAUGUUGGGAGGUAAAGUAGAAUAUGUCAUGUGUAAAAGUUGCUUUAAAAGUACUGAACUCUAAAUGAUGCAGUGUUGUAGUUUAAUGUACAAGUUGAGGAGCGAGUGACGGGUUGUGUUACCAAUGUUCCUAGAUUAGUUUGUAUGAAGCAUUUGCACAAUAUUUUUUAAUUCAUAGGCUGACAGAAGUUGUUGCUUCAUGCCUGUAUGUUUAUGUAUACGCAAUGGGUUUAACUCAAACCACAGCAUCAAUAUAUCAUAUAUUCAUCCUGGUUUUGUUAUGAAAGUCCACUUCUGACCUGAGGGUUUCAUCUUAAAUCACCAGAGGCCAGCAAGCACUUGAUUCUCAUCCAUUUAUGAUGCAUAUUAACCAAGUUCAACAUCCCUGUGUACAAGUUGAGGUCAAAUGGAAAACAAAUUCAAAAUGUGUUCAGAGUUGAAAUGAGAGCAGCUUAGUUGUCUGGAUGUGCUGAUUCAACAGCAGUGUUUUCCAGGACAUGAGAUUAUUCAUCCACAAGUAUGGUUUGUUGUCACCAAGUGUUUUUAAAGCCUCUGUUGAGGAAUACAUACAAUAAAGAAACAUUGUAUAUGA